GGCGGAUAGGUUAGAGCUGAGAGGCAGCCAUGGCAGCUCCCAGCAGGAAGCAGGUUUUCAAGUUUCUCAGCCAGUUUGGAGCGUUUGUUUUGACCCGGUUUGGAUUUUGGAACUGCUUCUGUAUGUUGAUGCUGUUUGCUGAGCGAGCGGACUCAAAAAGGAAGCCAGACAUCCAUGUACCGUACCUGUAUGUGGAUAUGGGGGCCGCAGUGCUCUGUGCCAGCUUCAUGUCAUUUGGGGUGAAGAGGAGGUGGUUUGCAAUGGGUGCUGCCAUACAACUGGCCAUCAGCACUUAUGCAUCGUAUGUCGGAGAACAGGUGUACUACGGGGACUGGCUUAAGGUACGAAUGUAUUCCAGAGCGCUGGCUAUUAUUGGCGGCUUUCUGGUUCUGGCCAGUGGGGCGGGGGAGGUGUACAGACAGAAACCUCGCAGCAGAUCCCUGCAGUCCACGGGACAGGUUUUCCUUGGAGUCUAUCUCAUUUGCACGGUGUACUCCCUCCAACACAGCAAAGAGGACAGGCAGGCCUAUCUGAACCACAUUGCUGGGGGAGAGAUCACUCUGAUGCUGCUGGAGGUGCUGUUUGGGGUGCUGGCUCUGGCCUUCCUCUCUGGCUACUACAUCCGGCUGGCCGCUCAGAUCCUGGCCACCGUCCUUCCUCUGGUGAUCCUGCUCAUUGACGGUAACUUGGGCUACUGGCACAACACUCGCAAGGUGGAGUUCUGGAACCAGAUGAAGCUGAUAGGACACAACGUGGGCAUCUUUGGCACAGCGCUGAUCCUAGCUACUGACGGCUGAACCCUCGGGCUCCCACAGACAACUUUUUUUGCACUGCGCAGGAUGAGAUUGUCUGCCUUUACUGUUUGUCACUGCCCGACUUUGUUUUCAAAGCAGCUGUGGUUCAGUGACCUCUCAGGAUUCAGACUCUCCCAGCUGAGACAGUUGGAUGAAAGCCAAGCGGUUGAUUGUCAUUGCCUACCAGUUGGUAGCUUUGUUUUUGCAAGAAAAAGAAAAGAAAAACCUGAGCUUCCUUUUUUGCAAUUUAAUAAUUUAUUUGGAUUCAUGUUUACAUUUUGUCUCUGUUUUGCUCUGAAUCGUGAGUAUUGGUACUUUAUACCUACAGGCAAAAUACCUUUUACUCCAAAAAUGAUAGUCUUAAAAUUGUUUUCCUUAAAUGUUUUACAGUAUAUGGUUGAAAUAUUUUACACAUAAAGGGAAACUUUAACUAUAUAUAUGGUAUUGCUUUCCGACCAUUUGGUAAAAAAUAAAAAUAAAACACUAUAUUUGUUUUGCUAUUAACUGGUGCAUUAACGUUAAUGUGUUGGUUUUUAUUACAUUUAAUAAGCACAGCUUUUUAAACUUCUGUGUAAAACACAUUUUAUACAAAAUAAUGUGAAAUCAUUUCAUUCACAAGAUGCUGAAGACGAUUGUCCAAGUUUGAAUAUUUUCAUUAUUAAAACAGUUUUAUUUCACUGAAUAGAACAAACUUUAGUUAUACUGUAAUAAUAUUUAUUUUGCUAUCAAUGACCAAUCAACUAAAGUGAACAGUGUUGCGAAGGAUAAAUCAGAUAAAUGUAACUGAUGAGCCUGUCAGACUGUUCAUGGUGCAUCAGUAUGUUUACUGAUUAAAUAAAAAAUGAAUGUAACAUUUU